AUGUUGCCUUCUCUGGUCUUAACGGCAUUCGCUCUCCUGCCAGAAGUGCAAGCAGGUGUCCUGCACAAGCGCUGCGGGCCAAUAUCCAAUUACUACAACCAACAUAUGGAGGAUUGGGAGACCUACAAUACCGGCGAUUGGCUCAACAACUGGUGGAAUAACAAUGGCGAACUGAUUGCCAACAAUAGUGGCGGGUUUGCUGGCGCCUUCGGUCAAUGGGCAAUGGGAGACCCAGACUGGACGUGUCAUGAUGGCGGCUCGGACUCAAACUGCGACCUACAGUUAUGUGAUAAUCAAGUCCUCAAUGGCCGCGGUGACGACAUCCGCCCUACAUAUUAUGUCCUCGAAUCCGUCAAUCGCCUGCACAGUUACUUCAGCGGUAUUGGCGAGUCGUUCACCACUACUGCUUUGGGUGCGGCGUUGUCCAAGGAUUCGUGGGCUCUCACUUUCUACAAAGAUGAAGAUGUUAAGAGUGUCACUGCACUCAGGCAGGUACUCAGCUUGCUGACUACAAUUAUUGGUAUUGGUGCUUCAUUUGCUGGACUGGGCCCUGCUGUUGUUGGUGUUCUUGCUGGUGCUGGUAGCGCAAUCGCCGGUGGUGCAAGUGGUGCUGGUGGCGCUGCUCUGCCUGCUCAUGCGGAUGAUACUUUCGAGAAAUCUGCCGACAUGGGUGCAGUUCUGGGCAGAAUCGUUGUGGACUCGAUGAAGUCGUUCACGACCGCUAAUAACCAGUUGAUGAGUGGUCAAAUGUAUGGCGACGCAGAUAUUCGCGACUACAUCUCUGGUGGAGCGUUCCUCGCUUUCAAUGGGGUUGACAAGAACGCGGUCACUGAUCUAAUGACCAAUAUGCUGAUCGGCACUGCCAUCAAUCAAUUGUACCGUACCCAAAAGAUCUUUAUCAUGGGUGGCGGUGCUUGUGGUGAUGAACAGGGAAUUGGUUCUGGCCCCGAGGCUUCUGUCGUUUGCCGUGACGGCAGGGCUUGGUAUUUAUACUACUGGCAAGAGAAUGAUGUGAUCUCCCUUACCUCCCACCGCUGGGGAUGGGUUGCUACACCCCCUGGGCUUGAGAAGCUAGGUCAGGGUGAUUACGGAGGCAUCAGUAUUGCCGAUGUCAUCAACUCUUCUCUUGAUGCCUGGAAUGUCGCUGGUUAUAACUACAACACUGAAACAGCUUCCGAUCGUGCCUCCGAUGCUAUCAAAAACUCUUGGGCAAGCCCCGGGUCCAAAGGUGCAUCCUGGGAGGGUAUCUUCACAAUUCCAGUGUGCGAUGUUAGUAAUGCUAUUGACUCGGAUUACCCCAUGAAGGAGUAUAUCUUGCAGCCAUACGGCCACGACAGUCGCCCUGUCUGGUGCGGACCGAUCUGCAAUGGCGAUGUUCAGACGACACAAGACUUUAUUAAAGCGGCUAAUAUGGACGGUUUCAAAAGCCCCAAGCAUCUCUGUGAAGAUCAACCGGACUAUUAG